GUAUGCCAGGAAUGCAGGCCCGGCCUACGCUAUCAGCUAUCACCAACAGGGUCCCAUUCACGACAAGUUGGGUGUCUUCUGGGGCAUCCGCAACGACGACCGAGAGACGCUGAUGAACAGUAAAUACACAUCGGAACAGAUGUGGCAGUCACCGGCGCUGAUAGAGGGCGCUACCAUAUCUUCACUCACCCGCAGCAUGUACUCGACCACCAAUUACUUCAAUACCGUACAGGUAGGGUAG